UGCUGGACGUGAGCGGAACCACUAGUUGUCAGGGAGCUGCGUCCUUGGUUGCUAUUGACAAUGGAGCGUGUAAACACGCUCGGCUCAAGCGGAAAGGCGAGCAAAUGAGUUUUGCCCCUUAUUAUAUUAAAAGAACAAAACUUGAAGCAAGUGCCUGCCUCUAAAAUUACAAUAUUUACCUUCAAAGCUUUUGUUUUCGCCCCGAAAAUGCGCGCAGGAGUUGAGUUUUGACUGCCAGGAGGACACAGCUAGCAAUGCGGCGCUUCUGCUGUCACCGAGAGGAUGCAAGUUCUUCAUGAGGACUUUUUCUACCACUCGAAGUCGAGGCUGGAAAAUGAUGCACGUCUGGACAAUGACAGACAAAGUUUGGCCAAAGACCAGAAGUUAUGCAGGAGCAGAGCGCGGAAAUUCUCCCUGGAAACCAACCGACGUUGGAAGGCUUUGCACGCGAGGCGGAGGCAGAGGGACGUGCAAGAAGAACGACUGAGGGAGGAAAUCCUGCAGCAACGCCGACAGCAAGUACAGGAUGUAACCGAGCGCUUCCAAAGAGCACAUCUCCCUCCGUCGCAGAGAUACAGACAAUCUUUCAGAAGACACGCCCUAAACAUUGAAGAUGCACUUAAUCAAAUUCAAGGCAGUUCCUACACCCAGCGGUCCUCUUUCUUGUCGAGCAACACAAACAUCAGCAGUUUUUCUCUCAAAAGCUGCACGCCGUCUCCGAGGCCUUUCAUUGGAGGAGAAUCGGGCCGACCGUCUCUGUCUGCGGUGGACUCCUACACUGAGCUGCUGCAGGAGCAGUGCAGACGAGUGCAGCAUCAGGAUGCUGGCAGCCCACAGGCGGUGCUGAUGGGGGGGGAGCAGGAACAUUUUCUUCUCCAUCUGUUGUUUCAGAUCAUCCACCUGUCUGACAGCGUCUCCAGCAAGGACAGCUUGGAGGACGAAGACGGAGAUCACUCCUCGUUUUUCCUUCACCUUGAGAAGACCCAACCCCCCCAGAAAGAGCCGAGCGCUUUCACUUCCUCAGGUCAGACCUCCUACUCAGUGAUGAGGCUCAUCAAUGAACACAUAGCCCAAUCGGACGACGGAGAGGAGGGAGAAGUCCAGAAGUGGCCUCACAAUGACUUCCACGUUUCUAAAGCUUCUGCUGGAGCUGAGACUUCUCUGAAAGACUUCAGCUCAUUAAGCCUUUAUGAAAAAACCAGCGGAGGACCGUUUGAGUUAGCAUCCUUUCCAGGAAGUUCCAUCGGACUAACCGUGACAGAUGCAGAUGCUCCACCUUUUUCAUUAUUGGAUUUUAGUCAACGUAGCAUCAGUGGCGACCGAUCCAGACACAAAUCAGCUGUUCUGCACUUCUCUGAAGCUGGCAACAACAAAGACUUUUAUUUCGAAGCUCCACCAAAGUCGGAGUAUUUCUUGAAGGAUGAUUCCUCACAUGAUAAAACUAAGGAUGUGACCAGAAGAGAAAACGCAGAUCUCCGUGGUUCGAUCAACAACCUUGAUAAGGUUUCUGACUUUAAAAGUGAAACUCAAAAGUCAUCGCUGCACCAGAGCGCGUCUAACAUCCAGUACGAAGCACAGAGACGCUCUGACGGUCUUGACCCCGACUCAGAGAUCGUUUUCAUCAAAGGAAUCCUAAAGAAACCGCUGAAACAUAACUCGGGGGACCCCCCACGCCCGUCUGCCCCGGGGCAAUUGAUUUUUGCAAAGCAUGUGGCUGCGGCACUCAGGGACAGCGUGGAGUUGGCCCGAGCAAAAGCCAAGAGCGUGGAGGUCAGCGGCGCCGGGAAAAAGAAGCUGCGCUGGUUUGAUGAAGUCCACGUGGAAGAGAAGCUGAAAGCAAAAACCUCCCAUCCGGAGGGACCAAACCUGAUCCCCGGACCUGCCGCCGCUCAUCACGUUACAAAAGAAGCCUGGACAGAUGUUGGGGUUCAAGUCAACUUGCCCCAAGAAGGAACAGAUGAGGUCAAGGUGCACCGCUCGAACGGGCGGACCCGCUCGACGAGAGUCAGAGGGGCUCCCGUUUCCUCACAAACCAGAAAGGGCACCGUCAUGCGACCUCAGUAUGCCGCCGACGUGCGCCACAUCGCUAAAACCCAAGGGAAGUUCAUGGUUCCUCGCCCGCCUCCCCGCAGCAACCGCGCCACUAAGACCCCAUCUGUUUACCACAUCCAGGAGAGGAGCCCCACAGAGGGAGCGCUCCCACCCAGAACCGCAGAUGCUGCAGUCACCUACGCCCAGCCCCUCUCAGAGGCCUGCUCCGAGUCUCCAGGUCAUCCACAGACUCGCAGCAGAAGAGGAGCGGCGGGCGAUGAAAAGCGCCUCUGUUUGGACAGCACUCCCACAGACGAGGAGAUUUCCCAGCUCUGGCACGGCGUCCGCUGCGCCUUAAACACAAAGGACGCAAAAAACAUACAAAGCCAAGUCAUGGAAAGUCGUCCAUCUGUCAGAAAUCAGAGCCGAUCUCUACAAACCCCUCAGUCCAGGAAGGAGACGGUGAUGCUGAUUGGUCCACAUUCAGGUUUUGAAGGUCCCACCCGGUUCCACCUGACCGACCUGCAUCCUGGACGCCCCCUGGAACAGAAUCCUGCUUCUGUUGCCAUGGACACCGCCCAAACACACAGCUCUGGAUCGGUGCGGCGGACCGGCCAGCAGCAGGAGCUCAUCUCCAUCUCUUCUGAGGAGAGAAGAAUCCUGGUCUCUCUGGACAGACUCAACCAGCAGCUGCACUGUUUGCGGAACCAUCCGGGGGCUAAUGCUGGAACGGGAGCACUUGUUGACACCCCCUCGACAAAGGAUGUGAAAUUCAGCAGCUAUAAGCACCACGCCUCCCCCGCUAACCGUCUUCGAUCUCAGAGGAAAACAUGAAUCUCGUUGGGUUUACCUUCUCUGAAUGUCCGUCUAUAAGACAGCAGACAAAAUCCAGCUGAAGUUCUAUCAGUUGAAUUCAAACCAAAGCUUGUUUGUUGUUAUACACACUUUUACCAAAACUCUUAUUUAUUAGCUUGUUUGGGACUCCACCGGCACCAGGCCGAAUAAAGUCUUUGUCUUCCCUAAA